UGGAAGUGGGAUCACAUUACCAUGGACUUCGUGUCGGGUUUACCACGGACGUCGCGCGGGCAUAAUACAGUGUGGGUCAUUGUGGAUAGACUCACAAAGUCCGCUCACUUUUUGGGUAUGAAGACCACGGAUACAUUCGAGACUUUGAGCCAGCUGUAUAUCCGUGAGAUAGUGAGGUUACACGGCGUUCCGCUCUCGAUUGUGUCGGAUCGUGACUCUAGGUUUGUGGUGAGAUUCUGGCAGAGUCUAUAACAAGCGAUGGGGACGGAGUUACACUUCAGUACAACUUUUCAUCCCCAAACGGAUGGCCAAUCCGAGAGGGUGAUACAGAUUGUGGAGGAUAUGUUACGCGCUUGCGCGUUGGACUUCAAGGGGAGUUGGAGCGACCACUUACCGUUGGUGGAGUUUACUUACAACAACAGCUAUCAAGAAAGUAUUAGGAUGACACCGUAUGAAGCAUUGUAUGGAAGACCAUGCCGAUCACCGACGUGUUUGUUAGAAGUCGGUGAGAGUAGUUUAUUUGGACUGGACAUUGUUCGAGAAACUAUGGAGAAGAUUCAACUCAUCCGAGAGAGGCUACGGACGGCGCAAAGUAGACAGAAGAGCUAUGCGGACCACAAACGAAAACCCUUAGAAUUCAAGGUGGGAGACUACGUAUUUCUCAAGGUGUCACCCAAGAAAGGCAUGUUUUGAUUCGGCAAGAAGGGGAAGUUAGCGCCAAGAUAUACCGGACCGUUUGAGAUAAUCAAAGUGGUAGGUAAGGCGACAUAUCAACUUCGACUACCAGCCCAACUAUCUGGAGUACAUGAUGUGUUCCACGUGUCCAUGUUGAGAAGGUGUCACUCGGAUGCAACUCCAGUCGUGAACUUGGAGGAGAUUGAAAUUCAAGACAGAGCAAUCUACGAAGAACAACCGGUAGAAAUUCUCGACGCCUAGGAAAAAGUGUUUCGCAACAAAGUUAUCAGAUUGGUGAAGGUUUUGUGGCAACACCAUGGAGUGGAGGAAGCUACAUGGGAACCGGAGCAAGAAAUGCGGGAGAAGUAUCCAUAUUUGUUCGCUACUUGAGAUUACCCGUUUGAGGAGGAGGACGUAAGGAUCAUGGAGCCCGCUACUUGGGAGACUCCACUGGACGGGAGUGUGGAUCCCGAGGUGGGCGCAAAGAGCAACCUCCUUUCCUUU